AUGGAGCUGACUGAGGGGCGAGCACGUUUCUCCUUCUCAAGCCAUCGGAAAGAAAAACAGGCUAGCUCAUUCCAAGAUGAUCGCCUCUCAACAGCCCCCACUGAUGAAACGUCGCGAGGAACAUUCGGAAUUCGGCGAGCACUAGGGCGAGAUUUGCACCUGUCGUCUGUCAGCGAACAAACAGAAGAGUUACUGAAGACAACAAACCACACCCUCGCUCAGCUUCAAGAGGCCCAACGCCUGCGUCAGCUGAAGCAGCCUCUCCUAGAAGCCAGCGAACGCAGCUGGAUUGAUCACACCCUCGAAGAUGUCGCAGAUGCGGCCCACGAAGCAGCCAUCAUCCUCGAGCCCAUGCGAGUCGAAAAAGAGACCCGAAACGGAAGAGUCUCCUUUGGGCGGCAACUGCGCUGGGUUUACCGGGAUAACCAACGAGCCCAGAGCAAGAAUCAACGGCUAUUGGCGUCUCACCACAGCUUAAUGUUGGUUUUGGGGCAUCUCCAGCGGCUGAAUUCCCCCGACUUGACAACGCCCGAAUCACCCGUCGUUCAUGAGCUUGCCGAUACCCUGUCAAUGGACUCCACUCGCAGCCUAUCAGACUGGCAGAGGCUGCGGCCUGAACCGAAUGGACCCACAAAGAAUGCGGAGGAGGUCAUGGGGCCAAGAAGCCCCCUGAACAACGAGAUGCACGAUAUGCUGGCAUGGCGGCGGUCUAAGGGAGCUUUGGCUGAGACAAAACACCGCUCGGGCGCUACCACGGAGAAACUGGAUAUCGGCCCAAGAGUCUCAAUAUGGGCAAGAUAG